AUGCAUGGCGAAGGGUCCUCACCUUCUCCUCCCUUAGUCUCUCAGCUUCUGGAAAAGUACUGUGCUCAUGCCAUUUACCUUCCAGAUCGUUUCAUAGAACCUUCCAACUCGCACAAACAGAAAACCCAGAUGCUCGAGAUGCUUCUUGAUAUAUUUCCUCAUUGGAGAGUUUAUAAGGAUCUCAUUCAGCUGGAUGAACUGACGGGUGGAAUCACUAAUAUGCUGCUUGAGUGUAAGUUUCCUGGUGGUCCUGAAGAUGCCCCAAAAGAGGUGCUCGUGCGAACUUACGGACGUGGAACUGGAAUGAUUAUCGAUAGAGAUCGGGAAUUUGUCUCUCAUUUGGUUCUAAACUCUUAUAAUCUGGCUCCACCGAUCCAUGCUCGUUUUGGAAAUGGUUUGGUGUAUGGAUUCAUUGAAGGACGAGCUCUCAAGUUUGAUGAGAUGUCAAACCCUUAUAUUUACCCCUUCAUAGCAUCACAUUUGGGUAAGUGGCAUCGUCUAGUCGUUGUGGACGUCAUCGAGGACAGUAUUCGCAAACUUCGACGCAAAUUCCGUCGUAGAUCCACAAGCUCUUUGACUGACAAGAAGCCAAGACCUGUCGAUAUUUGGCAACUUGUCAAGAACUGGACUGACAUCUUACCAGAGAUACCCGAGAUGGUCAAAGUUUGCCAGGCCAACAAGGAUAUUCAGCAGUUACAGAGCUCUCCAUCUUCCCUCAAAAAUAUCCUUUCACAGGAAUUACUAUGGCUUGAGAAUGAAAUCGGUCACAGCUCUCCUCGUGUAGCUACUCAUAGUGAUUUACUUUCUGGCAACAUCAUUAUUCCAACUGAACUCUCUGACUGCUUGCACGAUUCCCAUCUUGGUGAUCUUGUAGUCUCCAACUAUAAGUCCAAGAAAAUCAAUCCCAUCUCGUUCAUAGACUACGAGUACAUGAUGCCUGGUCCACGUGCUUUUGAUAUCUCCAAUCAUUUCCAGGAAUGGCAGGGUUUCGACUGUGAUAAAGCCCUUAUUCCCAAACCUAUCAAAACAAACCAACUUCUGCGAAACUGGUGUAGUUCAUACCUAGAAGUUGAUCGUGAUAUCCAAGACUCUUCCAAGAUAAUCGAUGACUUGAUCCUUGAGAUCUCUCUGUACUAUGGAAUGCCUGGCUUCUACUGGGGUAUCUGGGCAGGAAUCCAAAGUACUAUCUCCUUGAUUGAUUUCGAUUAUGGCAAGUACUCUGGCCAACGGUUGGUUGAAUACUGGACUUGGAAAAGGCAGUAUUUGAACCGAUGA